AUGAGGUGGUCCGCUACUGUCCUGUUCGGCCUCGUCACGACGGCGCUGGCCAAGCCUACCCACCAGCGCCGCCCCGACAGCAGCUGGGACUACAUUGUCAACGGCGCCGAGAUUGAGCGCCGCGAGGAGCCCACCAACGCGACCCUUGCCAACUACACCCUCCGCGGCAAGAGCGUUGACCCCUCGUCCCUGGGCGUCGACACGGUCAAGCAAUACGCUGGCUACCUUGACGACAACAACCAGAACAAGCACCUCUUCUACUGGUUCUUCGAGUCGCGCAAUGACCCUGCCAACGACCCCGUCGUUCUCUGGCUCAGCGGUGGUCCCGGCUGCUCGUCCAUGACCGGACUCUUCUUCGAGCUCGGCCCUGCCAAGGUCACCGCCGACAUCAAGGUUGUGAACAACCCUGACUCGUGGAACAACCGUGCCAACGUCCUCUUCCUCGACCAGCCCGUCGGCACCGGCUACUCGUACGGUGAAGGCGUCGACACCUCCCUCGCCGCCAGCAAGGACAUUUACGCCCUCCUCAAGCUCUUCUUCCAGCAGUUCCCGCAGUACGCCAAGCAGGACUUCCACAUUGCCGGCGAGUCGUACGCCGGCCACUACAUCCCCGACGACGCCGCCGAGAUCCUCUCCCACUCCGACAGCGGCAUCAACCUGAAGAGCAUCCUGAUCGGCAACGGCCUCACCGACGCCUACAACCAGUACCCCCAGUACCCCGAGAUGGCCUGUGGCAACGGCGGCUACCCGGCCGUCGUCGACCAGGGCACCUGCCAGCAGAUGCGCAACGCCAUCCCCCGCUGCCAGAGCGCCAUCAAGCAGUGCUACUCGACCCAGAACGCCAACGACUGCACCUCGGCCUCGAGCGUCUGCGGCCGCGUCUCCAACGCCUACUACCAGACGGGCCAGAACCCGUACGACGUGCGCAAGCAGUGCGAGCCCAACUCCGGCGGCCUCUGCUACCAGGGCAUGAACUACGUCGAGCAGUACCUCAACCGCCAGGACGUCAAGGACGCGCUCAACGUCGAGGUGGACACGUUUGACAACUGCAACAACGACGUCAACUACAACUUCCACAGCACCGGCGACGACAUGCUGCCUAUCCAGCUCAACGUCCCCAAGGUCCUGGCCAAGAGCGUUCCCGUCCUCGUCUACGCCGGCGACGCCGACUACAUCUGCAACUGGCUCGGCCAGCGCGCCUGGACCAACGCCCUCCCGUGGCCCGGUCAGUCCGCCUUCAAGGCGGCCCAGACCCAGAACCUUACCUACAAGACGGGUGGUGGCAGCGCCUACGGCACUGUCCAGAGCGCCAAGGGUCUCGCUUUCGCCCGCAUCUUUGGCGCUGGGCACCUCGUCCCCAUGGACGAGCCCAAGCCCAUCCUGGACCUUGUCAACCGCUGGAUCCAUGACGGUGACUUCCAGCAUUAA